CUGCGGUACCAAUUUGUUCGUAUAGGCCCAUUACGAGGUCCCUUUUGGCAAUACCAUGGCUUCAUCCACCGGUCCACCUCAGCAGCAUAAGCAGCCAUCAAGGAAAGGGAAAAAGGCAUGGCGCAAAAAUGUCGACAUCACCCAAGUCCAACAAGGCCUCGACCAACUCCGAGAAGAAAUCAUUCAGGGCGGGCCAAUAGCAGAGAGACCGUCUGAAGAGUUGUUCGCUCUUGACACCAAAGGUUCAGAAGAUAUCAAGAAGAAGUACAAACUACACAAGCCUUUGAAGGUGGACGAGAUUCUGUCAAGACGGUCGGCGGUACCUGCAGUGGACUCACGCAAAAGACACUCCUCAGGAGUCACGGACGGUGUUAUCGAGCCCUCUAGCAAGAGACAGAAACCUGAUUGGGUCAGUAAAAAGGAAGUGCAGCGACUCAAAGCCGGUCUCAAUGUCACCUCGAGGUUAAACACGGACAACAUCGAGGAAGAUGUCUCUGGCUUCGAUCUGUGGGACGCACCAGCAUCAGACCAGGCAGCUCAGGCGCCUUCAAGCGACCUUAUUCCUAAGCCACGAGCCAAGGUGGCUCCUCGUACUUUAAGCAGGCCACCCAUCGCACUGACUGCCAGUGGGAGGCCCGUUCAACCUGUCCCACAACCUGACGCAGGCACGAGUUACAAUCCCGCAUACGAAGAUUGGGACGAACUCAUCACCAAGGAAGGUGAGAAAGAAGUCAACGCAGAGCGUCUCCGAUUAGAGAAAGCCCAAGCUGCUGCGGAACGGGAGGCAAGAGUGGCUGCACUGGCCGCGUUGCCCGAAACGAACACUGCUGAAGAUGAAAGUGCCUGGGAAGGUUUUGAGACCGAGGACGAUGAGGCUCAAGCACUGAGAAAGAAACGUCCGCAGAGAAAGACAAUAUCGCAGAGAAACAAAAUCAAGCGACGGAAGCUGGCUGAGCAACUCGCCAAACACGAAAAGCGAAUGGGUGAUAAACAGAAACAGACGGAGGAGAUGAUUAUGGCUCUGAUCAAACAAGGCGAAAAUCAGGAACUGAGUGACGUCCUCGCAGCACAGCAGGAGGCAGACGAUGGUGAUGAUCGAGUACUAAGGCGGCGGAGACUGGGCAACACCACAAUACUAGAGAAGCCUUUGGAAUUGGUGUUGCCGGAUGAAUUACAGGAGUCUCUGCGCCGACUCAAGCCUGAGGGCAACCUGUUGAGCGACCGCUUCCGGAACUUGUUGGUGAAUGGAAAGUUGGAAACACGAAAAGCGAAUGUCCAACAUAAGAGGGCUCAGAAGAAGUUGACCACCAAAUGGAGCCAUAAAGAUUUUACGAUCAAGGUAUAGGGUUGUUAGACUAUGGCUACUCGAGGAUCUGGUUGAACUUCUUAGACACCACACUUCUAU